CCAUUUAACCCCCUUUGCUAUUACUCUACACAACUUCUCUUCUUUCUUCAUACUAAAAAUAUCCUCUAUUUGCUUACUGUUUCUUGAUUUAGACCACUCUUAAGUCAUCCAUUUUGUAACUUUUGACUUGUUUUAGGUUCUUAGUACUUGUAAAAAUUUAAUUUUUUUGAGUUAUUUACUAGUGUGUCUGGUGGGGGUGUUGGCAAGAAAAAUAGUGCUGAACCUUAUUUUUACAAGGAAGAUGAUCUUGUUGUUCCAAGAAUACACUUUGUGGAAAUUUAUUGUAAUUCUUGAGACAAAGUUUAGUGUUGCUAAAAGCUUUUAUUUUUGGAUUUUCCAAAUUUUCAAUAGAUAUAGCUGUGGCACUUAGUUAAGUGGAAAAUAUUGCUUCUGGACAUUUCUUGAAAUCUUGAGUCUGCUCUAUUGUACAAUAUAUCAUUGUCGUCCGGCCUUUCUCUGAACAUCACACAUAGCGGAAGUGUUACUGGGCUGCCCCUUUUUUUUUUUUUCUGCCUGCUUUUUGUAUAGCUAGUUUUGGAGAAAUUUCUUGUGUGUGUGUUUUUGGGAUAUUAUUACUUCAUGGCAGGAACAUCACUGCCUCCGGGAUUUCGAUUCCAUCCAACUGAUGAGGAAUUGGUUGGAUAUUACCUGAAAAGGAAAACUGAUGGACUUGAAAUUGAAUUGGAAGUUAUUCCAGUCAUUGAUUUGUACAAAUUUGAUCCAUGGGAGCUUCCAGAGAAAUCUUUCUUACCUAAGCGUGACCUCGAGUGGUUCUUCUUCUGUCCUCGGGACAAGAAGUAUCCGAAUGGCUCAAGAACUAAUCGAGCUACUAAGUCUGGAUACUGGAAAGCAACAGGGAAAGACAGGAAAGUUGUGUGUCAUCCAGAAGUUGUUGGCUACCGCAAAACAUUGGUUUUCUAUCGUGGAAGAGCUCCACUCGGUGAUAGAACAGAUUGGGUAAUGCACGAGUAUCGCCUCUGUGAUGAUGCUACUCAGGGCACUCCAAGUUUUCAGGGGCCUUUUGCUCUUUGUCGCGUCAUAAAGAGAAACGAUGUUUCACUGAAGACGAAAGAUGUUCAGGGAGUUAAGCAGGUUGGAUGUAGUUCAACAGCUGGAAGAUUCACCUCAGUAAAUGAACCAAUUGCUCUCUCUGAUGAAACGCCAACUCAAAGCACAUACAUGAGCAACGACAGCAAUUACUCGACUCCUAUCACUUCUCCAUAUCAGACAACACAACUAGGGGAUUAUGAGUCUGCAAUAGCGGCCAACUCUGCAAACCUCUGGAUGCCCCCUUCUAUGAUUCUUGAUUCAUCGAAGGAAUGUCCUCAGGGACAGAAUGCAUCUAGUUACUGUCCACAGUAUGACUUCCCGAACAUGACUCCGUGGCAGCCUAAUGAGUUCACAUCAAAUUCAACUUUCCCGGAUUUUAGAGGGGAAGUUGAACUUUCUGGUGACUUAAGUAACUUUGGCUGCAUGUCCCCGUACUCGAUUCAUGGAAGUUACAUGGGGUUUUACGGCAACGAGGACACGGCAUAUGAAGGUUUCGAUCAGAACAACUCAUACAGGAAUCCAAAUCACUUCUGAAGAUGAGAAGGCAACACCUAUAUAGUGGAUUUUGGGAGUUUUUUAAUUGGUAAUAUGAGUAUUAUGAUGUAAAAAUCUUCUAUGAAGGAAGAGCUCAAUGCAACUAAGUUUGUUUUCGAAAUAACUUAAAAAAGUUUUUCUCUGAGACAAUGGUUUUUAAUGUUUGUCUUAGAGUCAUUCAACUUUACAACAUAUUUGAGUCUAGUCCCCCGAAACAAUUCUAAGCACAACGUUUCACAUUGUUACCGAAGAAUGAAGUACCUAGUAGCUGUCGAUAAAGGAAAGAAGACUUCCAUCUCCAAGUUGAAUUCAGACGCAGCUCCCUUCUUUUUUGGGGGGUGUGAAGCAGUGUCAAACUAAAAUAGCCAACACGCAUUAGCUCUCUCUGAGAUGGAGGUGAUCUAGCCGCACCUUCCAGUACAGCUACUUUGUUACGACUUCACUCCAGUAUAAAUUAUCAGAGUAUUUCUUGUAAAAGUAAUGUUUGAGCUACUUUAAUUUGCAAGUUUGAAAUGCAUUGUUUGUACUUUGAAUUACUUUAUCACAUAUCUAAUGAUGUUUAAUACUAAAAUCUCCUUCUAAAGUCUAAAGCAACUAUUGAAUGGUUGCAAUGUCAAACACUUAUAUAAUGUAUCUUCUUAUC